UUAAACCUCAAAGAAGAGGAAAAGAAGACAUUGGGCUACGUUAACACCAUAGACAGUCCGCUGGUUGAAGCGACGCCAAUAACGUAAUAUUUCGCCCCGGAGUGCUAAUUUUACUGUAGGAUCCCCGCCGGAAACCGUGCAUUUUACCCCACGGAAUGCGAUUUUCUUUUUUACCGUGGAGCCCCUGGAAACGCGAUUGGGCGGGGUUUGUUGUGAAAACAUGACCACCUACACCAUCAACUAGAAAACGUUGUUGCUUUUUUGGCUUAGUUUAAUCAGUAUAUUUAAGCCAUAACGUCCAUUAAUUACUCCCAGUCGAUAUAAUCUCGCUGCUGGCCUUUAAGUGACGUUUGUUACUGUCGCGUGGAUGUGGUUGAAACAACGAGUAUUAAUAAUAUCCAUCGAAAUCAGAUUUUGCUGGAAUCUUAAACAUUAUGAAGAGCACGUACACAAUCGUUCUAAGUUUGCUUAUAAUGUGUGGUUGUUUGGUGCUGAUGAAGAUGAAGUGAAGUCAGUGUCAGUGAUGGAGGGAGAUUCUGUCACUCUGAACCCUGAUCUCACUCAAAUACAAGGAAUGGUCCUGCUACUGUGGUGGUUUGGAGAGAAAGGUUUCACCAUUGCUCAGAUUGAUGGAAAGGAUAUCGUAUAUGAAGAUUAUGAGGUAUUUAGAGGCAGACUGCAGCUGAUCCAGACUGGAUCUCUCACCAUCACAAACGUCAGAACCAAUCACUCUGGACUUUAUAAAGCAGAAAUCAGCCACAACAGUGGAACCUUAUAUAUUAAGUUCAGGGUUACUGUCUAUGAGUCUUCAUCUGUUAUUACUGGGGCUGAAGCUGAAAUGAAGAGCAUGUCAGUGAAGGAGGGAGAUCCUGUCACUCUUCAUGUUCCUCAAAUACAAGGAGAUGAGCUGAUAGUGUGGAGGUUUGGAGAUGAAGGAAAGCUCAUAGCUAAACAUGAUUUAGAGGCCAAGAGCUCACCUUUAUAUUAUGAAACUGAUGAGAGAUUCAGAGACAGACUGAAGCUGAAUGAUCAGACUGGAUCUCUGACCAUCACAAACACCAGAACCACUGACUCUGGACACUAUAACGUGAAGAUCAGCAGCAACAAUCAGACUUUAUACAAGAGAUUCACUGUUACUGUCAGUGAACCAGGUCUGUCUCCAGCUGCUGUAGCUGGGAUUGUUCUUCUUCUACUGCUUAUGGCUUUAACUACAGCUGUUGGUGUUUUAUUUUAUUGUCGCAAGAAGUCUGAACUAAAUAAUCAAAAGUCGGAAAUCUCUGAACGACGAAAUGAAACAUCGGCGAUCUCUGGAAAACUAAAGCAAAUGUCCAAGAUCUCCACACAACUAAUGCAAAUGACGGAGGACUGUGAAAAAGAAUUGUCUGAGAUCUCUGAACGACUAAAACACAUGUCUUUGACAAAGAAAGGGAAGAACUCUGAACAAGAAACACCUUUGAUAGAUAAUAGGGAGCUCUUUGAACAAGAAAUGGGUACUGAUGUCACAAAAGAAGAUGCAAGAUCAGAGAUGGAGAAAGGUGAAAGGGAACAGUCCAUUAUUGUUGAAGAUACUACUAUAAGUCAAGCGAUUGGAGGGCCACGUGAUGCUGAUGGGAGAAUCAGAGACAGACAGGGCAAGAGCCUUGUAGUCCGUAACACCGAAUCAACAGGAAAAGGAGUGAAUGAAGAAACAUCUGUUAUUAGUGAAUGAGCAA